GCGGGCAGCGCGGGCAGUUGAACCUCAAAACUGGAUACGACGAUGGAGGACGUCCGCGCGACCAAGAAGCCCAAGCUCGACGCGCAUGGCGAGGACAGUGGCAGCGACGACGACGACGAGCAGGUCGCGUCCGUGAUCGCGCAGUUCAAGAACGAGCAGGGCGAGCCCGUCGGGCCGCAGCUCGACAUCCCGCUCACGUCGACGGUCGCGCAGAUGGAAGAGCUCGUGAACCAGCUCCUCCAGAACGGCAAGAACAAGGUCCCUUACUCGAUGUUUAUCAACGACAAUGAGAUCACGCACAACCUCCAAGCCAGCGUCGAGAGCCAGAAAAUCUCGACCGAAGUCGUGCUCAGCAUUACGUUCCAGCCGCUCGCGGUCUUCCGCGUGCGUCCCGUGACGCGCUGCACGGACACGCUCCAGGGCCACGCCGAGGCCAUCUUGCACGUGAGCUUUAGCCCGGACGGGAAGAAGCUCGCGAGCGGCGGCGGCGACGCCACCGUGCGCUUCUGGGACACCAACACGUGCAUGCCCCAGCACACGUGCCGCGGCCACAAGCACCACGUGCUCUGCACGGCGUGGUCGCCGGACGGCACGCGCUUCAUCUCGGCCGACAAGACGGGCGAGAUCCGCAUGUGGAACCCCGCAACGGGCAAGCAGCAGGGCGAGCCCAUGAAGGGCCACAAGCAGUGGGUCAACUCGCUUUCGUGGGAGCCCAUUCACCGCAACGCCACGUGCGAGCGGUUUGCCAGCGCGUCCAAGGACGGCUCGAUCAAGAUCUGGAACGCACGCACAGGCCGCCAGGUCGCGUCGCUCUCGGGGCAUACGGACUCGGUCGAGUGCUUGAAGUGGGGCGGCGAAGGUCUCCUCUACUCUGCGUCGCGCGACCGCACGAUCAAGGUGUGGGCCGUCGAGGGCGACCACGUCGGGAAGCUUGUGCGCACGCUCGUCGGCCAUGCGCACCGCAUCAACACGCUGGCGCUCAACGUCGACUACGUCUGCCGCACGGGGCCGUUCGACCACACGUUCAAGACGUUCGACACGCGCGAAGAGAUGCAGGCCGCGGCCCAAGCGCGGUACGACGCCAUUCGCCGCGGCCAGCCCGAGCGCCUCGUGUCGGGCUCGGACGACUUUACGCUCUUCUUGUGGGAGCCCGCGGAGAGCAAGAAGCCGAUCGAGCGCCUCACGGGCCACGUGCAGCCGGUCAACGACCUCGCGUUCUCGCCCGACGGCCGGUACUUUGCGUCGGCGUCGUUUGACAAGAAGGUCAAGAUCUGGAACGGCGCGAAUGGCAAGUUCAUCGCGACGCUCAACGGCCACGUGGGUGCUGUGUACCAGGUGUGCUGGUCCAGCGACUCGCGCCUCAUUGUCUCGGCCUCGAAAGACUCGACCGUCAAGGUCUGGGAGCUCGCAGACCCCAAGAACGCCAAAGAGACGCUGUCGGGCCACGCCGACGAGGUGUACGCGCUCGACUGGAGCCCCAACGGCCAAAAGGUCGCGUCGGGCAGCAAGGACCGCACGAUCAAAAUCUGGCGACACUAAUCUAUUCCAGCACCCACCAACAUGUAGUAGACGCGGGCGUGUUUUGAAAAUAUAUAUCCUCUCUCUUAGCUGCUG